AUGACAACAGGCUCAACAGAACUCAUUCAUAAUCAGAGUGGUAAUAAUAAAUUAAUAUAUUUUCUCUUGUCCUUAGAUAUUUAUGAGGAGCACUAUUGCGCAUAUAGCUGUGAUAUUGACUUUGGCCCUUGUUCAUGCAAGAGCUCUUGUCACUACCAUGGCGACUGUUGCCCUGACUAUGAGUUGUAUUGCCAAGCGCAUACAACAUCAUGGCCACCCAUAACAGCAUGUGGAGGACACCUGUAUGGUUCUGGGCUGUUUUCCAGUCCCAACUAUCCACACUAUUAUUAUAACAAUGCCUACUGUGUGUGGUAUCUUUCUGCCCAGGCAGGACAGAGGAUCUUCUUGUCAUUUGCCGAUGUACAAUUGGAGCACUGUUGUACCUGUGACUACAUCUCUGUACAUGAUGGUUCUUCUAUUGGUCAUCAACAAUUGGGAAGGAUCUGCUUCAAUGACACCAAACACCAGAUGUUUCACUCAUCUUCUCGAUACUUGACCGUUGUCUUCAGGAGUGACCACUCUGUUGUCAGCCAUGGCUUUAAGGCCCAGUUCACAAGCUCUCUGACUGCAGAUCAAGGUCGUGUGGACUGUUCUUCAGACAACAUGGUCAUUGUCAUUAGAACAUCGUACCUGAAUUCACUUGGGUUCAAUGGAAAUUACCUUUAUGUGGAUGACCAUCGGUGCAGACCCACCAUUAACAGUACUGAGGUUGUGUUCCACUUCUCUCUCAACACGUGCGGCACUGGCAAAGAGAUGAUGAAUGGUUAUGUGACUUACACCAACAACGUGCGGGCAUCUCAGUCUCAAUCGGGCGAGAUCACCCUUCAGCCACAGUUUCUGUUACAUGUGGGCUGCAGAAUGGAGCCGGACACUGUGGUGCAGAUACUCUACAAGGCUAAAGAGAACAUCAAUGCUAACAUCACAGGAGCGGGUCGCUUUAAUGCCAGCAUUGCCUUUUUCACCUCUAGCAGUUUCAACCAACAAAUUUUUCACUCUCCAUAUGAGGUGAACCUGAACCAAUACAUGUAUGUUCAGGUUUGGCUAAACAGACCUGAUACGAGCCUGGAUCUCUUCCUGGAGACCUGUGUUGCAUCUCCAGAUCCAAAUGACUUCAAAACCCGCUCCUAUGACCUGCUGCGUAAUGGAUGUCCCAGAGACAGCACAUAUUAUUCCUACAUCAACGGUCAGCAGUAUUACGCACGGUUCCGUUUCCAGGCUUUUAAGUUCCUUCGGACACAUGCCAAUGUGUACCUGCAGUGUAAGGUGAUCAUUUGCCCUGAUAAUGAUUACAACUCUCGGUGUCGUCAGGGGUGCCUUUUACGUCGCAAGAGGUCCCUUGAAUCCAACCACCACACCAAUACUGUGAUACUGGGGCCAAUCACACUCAAAAGUCAGAGGGAGAAAGGCCUGGUGUGA